AUGUUUCUUUUGACAACCAAUAUAAACUUUCGAAGUAACAAAAAUUCAAAAUUUACUCAUGUUCCUUUUCCCGAAAACCAGGAAAUACCCGAAACCCUUGAUACCGAAGAAUACAUAUCAGUUUCACCUUCAACCCUCCCAGCGAUUCUUCAAGAUGAACACACUUCCCGCAUCGUCAUUCGCACCAUGAAAGAAUGUACGUUCCAAGGUAAUCCAGGGUUGGUAAUUCAAUGGGAUGAUAAAGGAUUUAAUGAUGUACAAACUGCUCCUGGUUGUCGUAAUGGUGUUCCUGGUCAGAUGAAGCUUGCUAUUAUCAACCACUUGGUAAGAAAUGGCGCUGUCGAUGUUUUCGGUUUAAAUCUCGUUUUCAUGUUUAGAAAUCCGGAAGUAUUUGCCGAUUGUGAAAUUACAAUUCCUGAAUGA